AUUACUUCUGCCCUUGCGGGCUACGAUCUGGCUCUGCGAACUGUCCCGAUCUUAGCCUCGCGCCAGUUGCUAGUAACUUAGUGUGCGUGUCCAACUCCGCACUGCAUCGGCGUGGUCAUCUUCCACUGCAGUGGCACUAGAAUCGUGGGGUUGUUGUUGCCUUCUUCCCACGAGGCCACUCUACAAGGUUGUAGCCCUUUCGACUUCGCCGUUGUCUGCACUUGUUCUUCUUUGCGGUGAGAAUCGCCGUCUUGUCGAUGUCCACCUCAAUUGCAUCGAGGAUGGCCGACACAGGAGCGGUUGCCUCGAUCAUGGGGGUUGCGAGCGAAGCCUUCAGACUUUCGCUCGUGUUAAAUGCAGUGAGCUGCGAAGUUGCCAAUGCUGGGCUCGAAGUCCAUAGCAUUUCCAAAAGUGUCACCUUGUUUGCCAUGAUGCUCAAGCAGACCGGCAAUGUUCUCCGCAGCGCCGAUCCGGUACAUUCCCACGAAGCUGUCGAAACCGCCGAGUCCAUUGCCGAAGAAAGCACUCGGGUUUUUGACGAGAUCAAUGACAUGCUGGAUCGCCUACGCACGAAGCAAGCCCAUGGAAAUUCAGUUCCUACCAUUCAGCAGCGGUUCAGAUGGUGCUUUCGGAAACACAGGGUCACGUAUCUGAUGGCGCAGUUGGAAAACCUGAAACUGAGCCUCUUCCUCAUGCUGCAAAUCAUUGAGCUGGGAAGACUGAUGGCAUCGACAUCCCGCCAUGACCGUCCAGAAGAAGUCGCUGUAAAGACCGAAGCCAUUAGGCAAGAGCGCGCCGAGGCCCAAAAUGCCGUCAUCGUUCGCUACUGGCAGAUGAGCAAAAUGGACAGACUGUUUGAGGCGUCCCAGAAAGAAGAGGAGGACGAUCGGAAAGCCCACACCGGCGCAGACACACCCGAAGACGAUGACCUGUCUCUGGCAGAGACAAACAGUUCUCAGCAGACCACAGACGCUCCGCCUCCAGAGUACGCCCCCUCGAGUGCUCUGGUGAAGCUCCCAGUAUAUUCGCUAGGUGAGCUUGAUCAGACACUCCAUCAGAUCAAAGACUCUCCAAAGGACAUGAUUCAGGUAUCCGAUCGCGCGAUUGACCCUCUCCUCGAAAGAUGGACGAUUUGGAGACAGGUUCGAGAAAGGAGACACGAGCGCGGUUCUGGAGGUCGGUUUGUGCCAACAGUGCAGCAGCUGGACGAGGACGACGACCGGCCGCUGUAUGAGCGAUUCGGAGAUCAAGAGGACAGUCCUCGGGGAUAUUAUCUAGAAGGAAGUACCACGGACUGGCGAAGGCCAAACUCUGCGGCUGCCCGACAAGAGGCAUCCAGACGACGGAGAGAAUACUCCAACUACCAGCCCACUGUGACCACAGCUACGAGUGAUGUUGAUGAAGAGACUCCCGGGACCAACACCUUUAAAAAGCGAGCCGCGACGAGGCAUGUCAUCGAGUCUGAUUCAGAAUCGUCCGAUUCGGAACCUGACCAACUCCAACCCCCACCAAUACGACGAGGCAGUGAUGGUCCCGUAAGUGAGAGGAAAGUGUCGUUUCAGGAGGGUCAUUCAGCAUCACAUACGCAUGCAGUACCCAUACCACCGGCAGGACGAGCGGCUUUUAAUGGGGCAGGUGGUGGUAAUCGAGCGCCUUCCAUAACGUCGGCUCCCCCGGUAGCACCACGGUUGACCUCGCCGGCUCACCAGCCGCCUAACCACCGGCCCUGGCCGACACCGGAUCAGAAUCCGGUUCAUCACAGUAUAUCAUCCCCGUUUCCACCUGUUCAUCCCGGCAUCGCUAGCAACCCGUACGUGCCGCCGCCGCCACCACCACCGCAGCAGCAUUAUCCCGGAUAUCCUCGCUACACCGGUCCUCCAGCGCCUCAGCUUAGUACCGCAUAUGGCGUACAACCAGGGAACCCAUCCAGAUACAUGCCGCCCGCCACGAAUCCAAUUGUUUUCUCACCCCGACCUGGCUCACAGGAUGGAAAACAUGGGCGAUCACCCUCUCGUCUUUCACAGCACAGCACGCCUGCACGCGGCCAUGCCCGAGCAGACGAUGACAAGAGGCAUUCCAGGGAAAAAAGCACCAAGCACAAUUUGCGCGAGGGGGCCACCAAGGGGUUGUUAGGGGCGGGGGCGAUGGCUGGGUUUUUACAAGCCCUUGAAGGACUCAGCAUUUGAUUUAUCUACAUGUAUAUUCACGAAGUAUGAUUGAUAUGAGCUACGAGAGACGUUGUGCAAUCAUUUAUAUACGAAAGCUGGAUGUCGACCAUUUGGUUUGCAGAUAUGACGGGACUACUUACACAAAGUUAUGCGAGUACGAUAUACUAAUUAAUAUUACACCCAACUUAGAACCAUGUCUCCUCGGUAGAAGUGAUUAAGG